UAAAUAGAAACAGAUAACUUGUCCUCGAAUAUUAUCAUUCACGCAUCUCUCCCUCUCUUUCUCCUCUCAUGGGUGGCUUUAGUAUUGCUGGCAUAGCAAUACUAAUAUCAUUCGUGGUAGCAACACAAGCACAAGCACAAGCUGUGGUUCCAAGAAGUACGUGCGAUAUCUAUAAAGGGAAAUGGGUGUAUGAUCCUUCGUAUCCACUCUAUGAUCCUGCAAAGUGUCCGUUCUUGGAGAGCAGAGAGUUCGAUUGUCAGAGAAACGGUCGUCCUGAUAGAUACUAUCUCCACUUCAGAUGGCAGCCCACUGCCUGUAACUUACCCAGGUUCAACGGUAGAGAGUUUCUAAUGAGAUUCAGAGGACAACAGAUCAUGUUUGUAGGAGACUCGUUGAGUCUGAACCAGUGGCAAUCUCUGACUUGCAUGAUUCAUACAUCAGUGCCGCAAGCCUCAUAUGUUAACAGGAAGAUUGGGGGUCUUUCGAAUUUCACAUUUCCGGACUACAAAGUAUCGUUGCUCUUCUCCCGGAAUGCAUUUCUUGUGGACAUUAAAAGCGAGAAUAUUGGAAGGGUUCUUGACUUGGACUCGGUAGAAGGUAGUCGUAAACUGUGGGAGGGGGUGGACGUGUUGAUCUUUAACUCGUGGCACUGGUGGCUUCACACUGGAAGGCAACAACCUUGGGAUGUUGUUCGUCAAGGAAAUGCCACAUACCUAGACAUGAAUCGCCUAGUAGCAUAUCAGAAAGCAUUAUACACAUGGGCCAGAUGGGUGAACACCAGAGUCGAUGCUAGAAAAACUAAAGUCAUUUUUCAAGGUGUUUCUCCUGAUCAUGCCAGUGGACCGAAAGGAAGUAAUUGUAUGGGUGCAAAGGUACCGUUACAUGAGCUAAGCCCCCAAGGAACUGUGAAUCCGGCAGAAAUAGUGCUCCAAAGAGUGUUGAGUGGAAUGAGGAAAGAGGUGUAUUUGCUGGACAUAACAGGCUUGUCACAACUGAGAAUAGAUGGCCACCCGUCAGCUUACGGAAUUGGUGGCUCCAGAAUACCAGACUGUAGCCACUGGUGUUUGCCCGGACUGCCUGAUACCUGGAACCAACUUCUCUACACAGCUCUGCUUCCCUAGGAAUCGACAUACAUCAAUACAAAUUUACCAAGAAAUAUAGUAAUUAUUCUUUCACAACAAAUAAGAAUCACUUCUCUGUGAUUGGCAGCAUAAUUGCACAUAGUUUGCUGUAUUGUUUUUCUUAAUCCAAAGUUGUUUAUGACAUUGACAAUAUUUUGCAAUAUUUGUAAGUACAUUCAUUGUAAAGAAGGGGUUACAACAAGUA